AUGGGGAAAAAACUGGAUCUUUCCAAGCUCACGGACGACGAGGCCAAGCACAUCUGGGAAGUGGUUCAGCGGGACUUUGAUCUGAGAAGGAAAGAAGAGGAAAGGCUGGGGGGAUUGAAGGACAGGAUUAAGAAAGAGAGCUCCCAGAGGGAGCUGCUCUCGGAUGCGGCCCACCUGAAUGAGACCCACUGCGCCCACUGCCUGCAGCCCUACCGGCUCCUCGUGGCCCCCAAGAGGCAAUGCCUGGACUGUCACCUCUUCACCUGCCAAGACUGUAGCCACGCCCACCCGGAGGAGGAGGGCUGGCUCUGUGACCCCUGCCACCUGGCCAGGGUUGUGAAGAUGGGCUCACUGGAGUGGUACUACGGGCACCUGAGAGCCCGCUUCAAGCGGUUCGGGAGUGCCAAAGUGAUCCGGUCCCUGUGCGGGCGGCUGCAGGGUGGAGGUGGGCCUGAGCCAAGCCCUGGAGAGGGAAGUGGAGACAGUGAGCAGACAGAAGAGGAUGGAGAACUAGACACAGUGGCCCAGGCCCAACCCCUUGGGAGCAAAAAAAAGCGCCUCUCCAUUCACGGCUUGGACUUUGAGGCAGACUCUGAUGGCUCGACUCAGUCCUGCGGUCGCCCCCCAUAUCUGUCGCCGGUCCCGAUGGCCACAGACAGCAUGCAGGCCCUCACAGGUGAACCCCGUGCCAAGGACACCUCCCAGGAGGCCGUGGUCCCGGAAGAGGCUGAUGUCGGUGCCCCUGGACGCCACCCUCAUCCAGAAGAGCAGACAGACAGCCUCUCGGCUGCCAGACGGGACACCCUCACUGAGCCCCGCUUCCCCAGACAGUCCUGCACAACAGCCCUGGGGUUGGCUGUCACACCCGGUCCGGGUGUCAGCAGCAGUGAGCGGCUCUCCUCCUGGUACCCGGCUGACGAAGGCACCUCCGAUGACGAGGACACCGGGGCUGACGGUGUGGCCUCCCAGAGCCUCACGUGGAGGGACUGCGCCCCGGCUGAGAGCCAGCAUCUCACCGGCCACCAGCCCACAGACGCCGACAGAGAAGAAGAGACCCUAAAGAGGAAGCUGGAGGAGAUGACCAGCCACAUCAGUGACCAGGGGGCCUCGUCCGAGGAGGAGGGGAGCAAGGAGGAAGAGGCAGGACUGAACAGGAAAACCUCCAUCGAGGACCUCCCUGGGGCAGCCCCAGAGGUGCUCGUGGCUGCGGGCCAAACGUCCAGACAGGAAACAAGCCCCCGGGGUCCUCAGGAACUCAUGCAGCCCGGCAGAACCACGGACCAGGAGCUGCUGGAGCUGGAAGACAGAGUGGCCGUGACGGCCUCCGAGGUUCAGCAGGUGGAGAGUGAGGUUUCUAACAUCAAGUCUAAGAUUGCCGCCUUGCAGGCUGCUGGGCUCUCGGUGAGACCCUCGGGAAAGCCCCAGCGGAGGUCCAACCUCCCGAUAUUUCUUCCCCGACCCGUUGGGAGAUUGGGCCAGACCCCUAAGGAUCCAGACGCAGAGCCUUCGGAUGAGGUCAAGGUGAUGACUGCACCCUACCUUCUGAGAAGGAAGUUCAGUAAUCCCCCAAAAAGUCAAGAUAAGGCUGGCGACUCCUUUGACCGGCAGUCAGCGUACCGCGGAUCCCUGACGCAGAGAAACCCCAACAGCAGGAAGGGAGUGGCCAACCACAGCUUUGCAAAACCCGUGAUGACCCAGCGGCCCUGA